AUGUCUUCAUCCUCUGACCUUCAGCAACAGGAUCUGGUUGUAUUUGAGGACCACUCGAUCGUUCCUAGAUCAUCGUCCGAGUACCAUUACCUGACGCUGAUACUGUUCAACUCGGCUACCAGACCAACCUGGUUGGUCACUGCUCUGGUGGAAAACUCGCUAUUUGGAACAUGCUAUCUUAACAAGUCUCCGAUUUCGAGACGUUCAUCAACUCCAGUGGUGUUGGCAUCACUCAACACGGCAGAAUCAACAUACAGAAAACAACUUGCUCGGCUGAAGGGCGAUCUGGCCGAGUUUAAAUACGUUGAUCUUCUGUCCAACUAUAGUAAUUGGUUCGAGAUGUUGUCAGCUCAGAUUGAUCAAUUAGCCAAGAAGGGGAAACCAAACGUGUUCCUCGAGAAUCCUGAGUUUCUGCUGUUUCUGUCAGACACCAAAGUGGACACUUUGUUGUUGCAGUUACAGAAACUGAAUGCAAAAUGCAAUCUCUUCCUAAUCAGCUCCAAUGACGAGUCGUUGCUCGAAUACUCCGAAAUCCCAGAUGAUUUGGCCACCAUCCACACAUCUUUCCUCACAAAACUCGUACACAGAUCGAACCUGCUGAUGUCUUUGCGUCCGUUGAAGACUGGACGUGCCGUGGACGUGACAGGAGAACUUACUAUUUGCAGAGGACUGAUCGAUUCACCACAGAAAGUCGCCGAGAAAGAAUACCUGUAUCUGGUCAAUAAAGAGGGUACAGUCAAAUUGUUCUAUAGAUAA